CCCAGGCCCCACCUUUCAUUCCAGCCCCAAGCUGAGCACCGUACAGGAUGAGUCACUGCUGGCUCGCCCAGCGCUCACAUUCCCAUACGUGAGGGACUUGGAGCUCCUGGGGAGAAGUGCCUGCUCCUCCAGGUCUGCCAUUGGUGGGGUGCUGGAGCCUGGUUCUGCCGGGUCUGGUCUCUGGGCCAGGGCUGGGUUUCCCUCAUGUAUGGCAAGAGUCCCAUGUGUGUGCUGCUUCUCCUUGGCUUCCAGCUGACAGUAAUUUGGUCUACAGCAGCUGUGGAAAUUUACACCCCUGGGACACUGGAUGCUGUCAAUGGCACAGAUGUUCGGUUAAAAUGCACUUUCUCCAGCUUUGCCCCUGUGGGUGAUGCACUCACAGUGACUUGGAAUUUCCGCCCUCAGGACGGGGGACCUGAGCAAUUUGUAUUCUACUAUCAUGUGGACCCCUUCAAACCCAUGAGUGGGCGGUUCAAGGACCGGGUGGUCUGGGACGGGAAUCCUGAUCGGUAUGAUGCCUCUAUCAUGCUCUGGAAGCUGCAGUUUGAUGACAAUGGGACAUACACCUGUCAGGUGAAGAACCCACCUGAUGUUGAUGGGGUGAUAGGGGCCAUCCGGCUCAGCGUGGUGCACACUGUGCCCUUCUCUGAGAUGUACUUCCUGGCUCUGGCCAUUGGCUCUUCCUGUGCACUGAUGGUCAUUAUAGUCAUCGCUGUGGUCCUCUUCCAGCAUUUCCGGAAAAAGCGAUGGGCUGAGAGAGCCCAUAAAGUGAUGGAGAUAAAAUUAAAAGAAGAGGAAAAGCUUGACCAAGAAAACAAGGUCUCUGUGUUUUUAGAAGACACAGACUAAGAGUCUUAGAUGGUAAGGUUCACAAGAAGCUGAAGAUUUCCAAGAACAGGAAUCAUAGCAUUCCUUGAAGUUAAUGGGAACUUUUCUUUGGCUUCUCCAGUUGUGACCUGUCUUCCUGCAAGUUCUGGAGCACAUACUCACCUAGAUGAGCAAAAUUCCUCUGCAGGCAGCAUAAGGUUCUUGAGCAGAUGCCACAAGAUUCUUGCAGGGCCUCACUGUUAAGGUUUUAAUUUCAAAGUGCGAACAUUUUUCAAAUGCUUCUUAUUACCUUUUGUCAACUAAGAAGCUACAUUUUUGCCCUUAAAUGCUCCUUGUGGAGUGCGACUUAUACACACAUACACUGGCAUCUAAAGGGUUGAAGCCAGUCUAUCAUGCCAUUUCCUGUCGCCUAUUAGUUUCUUCAGAGCAGCAUUCUUGCUACUAAAGCUAACAUUU